ACGAAGUUUACGACCCAUAACGACUCUCCUGCUUGAUUCUUUUCCCGUGUUCGACUCUGCGUCUCUCUCUGUAUUCACAUAGAUUGCCUCCCACUGCUCCUUUGGCCCAUAUACCGCCCAACCACCCAUCUUGGCUCUACCACCGAACAAUCUCCGGUCCCUUAGCAAAUCUCCCGCUUCCUGCCCCUCCCUCUUCGACCCCCGAUCGACCCUUUUUUUGUAUACCCAACAGCUUCUUUCUUUGUUACCCCGUGUAGAACUCGCUUUCAAAGUUUCGCCAUGCCCGAAACUACAAAAGUGGUCCCUCUUACCUGCCAUGGCCACUCGCGCCCCGUCCCCCACAUACAUUUUUCGGCCCUCAAUGCCGAAGACCAGUACUACAUUAUCUCGGCCUGCAAGGAUGGAAACCCCAUGUUGAGAGAUGGCAUCACCGGAGACUGGAUAGGAACCUUCCUCGGACACAAGGGUGCUGUGUGGCAGGCGAGAUUGUCUUCAGACGCCACGCUGGCCGCGACGGGAUCGGCCGACUUCUCUGCCAAAGUCUGGGACACCCACACUGGCGAAGCGCUCCACACCCUCUCUCACAAUCACAUCGUUCGCGCUGUCGCUUUCCCGAACCAAGCAGCUCCCCAGAUCCUGGCCACAGGAGGCAUGGAGAAGAAGCUGCGUAUCUUUGAUCUUUCGCGAAACGAUAACUCCACUUCUGCGCAAGCCACCCCCUUUAGCUACGAAAUCGGCGCCGGCGUGCACACUGGCACCAUCAAGUCCAUCGUAUGGGCAUCUGAUCCCAAUAUUCUCAUCACGGCGGCUGAGGACAAGAAGAUCCGUUGGUGGGAUCUCCGCCAACAAUCGACUAUUGGCGAGUUCACUGUGGAUGGCAUGGUUGGAUCCUGCGAACUGGACAACACAUCUGCGGACGGCAUACUGAGCGUAGCCGCUGGAAAAAGCGUCUACUUCUUCAACAGCCUCUCCCCCGCAUCCUUGAUCAAAAGCAUCAAGACCGACUACGAGAUCGCCAGUGUUGCAGUGCACUCUGGGCAGCGCAAGUUCGUCACUGGCGGUAGCAGCCAGAACGACACAUGGGUUAGGGUUUGGGACUUUGACGAGGAGAAGGAGUUGGAAACGAACAAGGGUCACCACGGUCCGAUUUGGUCCUCGAGCUUCUCACCGGAUGGGAAGCUCUAUGCGACGGGUAGUGAGGACGGCACCAUCAAGCUCUGGAAAUUCACGAGCGGCGCCUAUGGCUUGUGGAAGUAGACCAAGCGGGUGGAUGGGGAGGACAUUACGAUUGAGCGCACAUGAUUAUGCUUGAUAGAUAGGUGGAGAAGAUUCCAGACGAUACAAUGCAGAUACAAUGCAAUCCGCACUUAGCGAUGCCAGUGAAUUAAAGACAACCAUUGCAUCAAUUAUAAAUUCCAUCGCCUGCGUUCGGUCGGUUGUGAUCCAGAUGAUAAGCGGCUUGCGUUCCCUCGGAUCAUGCGGCGUCUCUCGUACAUCUCUGUUCGAUCUUCGGAUACACUAUCCUGCUCCACUACUAUGCAUGAUGAGGGGUAAGUAUUCCCACAGAUCAGAAGCUAUCAUCCUCCUGCUUACU